AUGGCAAACCUUACACACUUCAACCCCAAGGCAUCCUCCAAACCUUACAUGGGCCUAUUCUCUAACUGCACAAUCGUGCCGCCUAAUACUGCUCUCGCCUAUAUCUCAACACAGUGGGCUGCUGACCCGAGCACUGGCGAACUUGUGGAAGGCGCCGCUGGUGAUUAUACCAAGCAGUCUAAAAUAGUCUGGACCAAUCUCGUUGAAACUCUGAAGGAGCUUGGCGCACAAAUGAAGGACGUCGUACACACAACUGUCAGCUUUUCCGAAUUCAACGAUGACAUUGGCAAAGCUGUCGUCGAAGCUUGGGUAUCUGUCAUGCCAGACGAGUGGAAGCAAGACAUGUUCAAGCCCUCUCUUACAUUCAAUGGAGUAUCUAUUUUCCAUCGUCCCGGUGUCGUCUAUGCCGUAGAUUUGGUCGUCGCUGUCCCUUCGAAGUAG